AUGAAAUACAAUACCGAAGAUAGGGCCACCACUUCGGCCGCCGAUAUCCCUCUCAACGACCUCGAAUCCGCCUCCAAUUCGGGGACUCGUUCAAAUACCACAUCGCGCUGGGAUAAUUUCUCGCAAUUCCACCCGUCCAAGAUCCUCGCGCAUCCCGAUGGCUUGACACAAAAAUUGUCGCAAGAGGACUGGUUGGCAUAUGCGGAAGACAAAUGGCACAAGUUCACAGUCGCGCUCACGCCGAGUUUCCUCCAGCACUGGGUAGGUGGUGAGCCACCUGCAACCUCAAAACUCCACGCGAUUGCCGCGCUGGAUGGCUUGCGCGGCUGGGCCUGUCUACUCGUAUUCAACUUCCAUUUCCUUUUCACAUACACCUGGAAGGUCGCAAUAGGAUGGGGAUUUGGAGGAGAAAACUUUGGAAUCCAUCAGCUGCCUUUUGUGCAUAUGUUGAUAUCCGGCCAUAUCAUGGUGUCCAUCUUCUUCGUGCUUUCGGGCUACGUUCUGUCAUAUAAACCGCUCAAGACGAUUCGGAGCAGGUCCUUCAAUCAAACGUUCACAACGCUUGCAUCGGGGACAUUUCGUCGAGCCUUCCGCCUCUACAUACCCGCGCUUGUUGGCAUUUUCUGUGUCUUCGUGGCUGUUCGCCUCGGGUUGUACAAUUACUCCAAUGCCGUUAUUAGGGAAGGCCACACAAUUCUCGGAACAAACGAGCAACACCCUCAUAUGAUGAAGACGUUCUCAAAACAGAGCGAUGAUUUGUGGGAUACGGUCGCCACUUUGUUGAAUCCGUUCGACUAUGCGCUGUACUAUAACUACUACAACCCGCACCUGUGGACAAUUCCUCUCGAGUUCCGCUCUUCUCUGAUUCUGUUUGUUGUUAUCAUGGGAACCUCGCGUCUGGUGUCAUCAGUGCGCAUGACGCUGGUCUCCGGCUUGGUCUGGUUCUGCAUGCGCUAUGGACGCUGGGAAAUGGUUAUGUUCUUGUUCGGUAUGCUGAUGGCUGAAGUUGACCUCAUUUAUGGUACAUGGGAGCAACCCCCAAGACCAGCAGCAGAAGAUGAGAAGACAACCAUCCGUCUUGGCCCAAGCAGCAAGGUCACACUCACAUUGUCUCGCCGCUGGCUAUGGAUCUCACUAUUCGUGGUUGGUCUGUAUUUCGGCUCCUGCCCCAACAUUGGCUUCAAAUGGACACCUUUCUAUAGGUGGUUGUGGUACAUCACUCCAUACACAUAUCCCGAGCCCCACCGCUUCGCCCAGACCAUUGGUGCCGCCAUCAUCGUGUUCUCCAUCAACCACUCCCCGGACAUCCAGAAGCUGUUCACCAACCCGCUUUCCCAAUACCUCGGGAAAAUCUCCUUUGCAUUCUAUGUAGUUCACGGUCCAAUUCUUCAUUGCCUGGGCUACGCUCUCAUGCCUAAUAUCUGGAACAUCACUGGGAAGGAAACCAACCUCCAGUAUUGCCUUGGGUUCCUAAUUGGCUGGCUCAUCUGUCUCCCCGUCGCUAUCUGGAUGGGCGAUGUUUUCUGGCGCGCCGUGGAUAUCCCCAGCGUCAAAUUUGCGCGCUCGCUCGAGGACCGUCUGAUUUCCAAAGAUCCAGCCCACCGUCCUCCAACCUUGACGGUUUCCCAUGUGGAUUGA